AUGGAGGAGCAGGAGCGACGCUUUUACCACCCCUUCGCGCGAUCUAGCCACAGCGAUCACCAGGCACGCCAAAACCUGCUGGUGAAUGAUAGUGGCGGAGAUGACGAAGAGAGCCUUCUUUCCACCGUGCUCCCGUCGUCAUCUUCUUCCUCUUCCUCUUCAUCUCUCAACUCGCCCUACUCUGCCAAGCGAUCAGCGCUCGCUUCGGCAUUCCCAUUCCUCUGCUGCCCCAAUGGCGAAACGGUGAGGCGAAAGCGAUUGCAGCGCUGGGCGUUCUUCCUUGCGGGCUUCAUCUUCUUCGUGGCCUUCUUUAGCCUCCUCCUGCUCCUCUUCUUCGACGUCAUCCACGUCGCCAACGACGAUCUCCACCCCUCUGGCCCCAUCUCCCCUCGAGGAAGGUUCUUCCAGCUGUCGGACGUGCACAUGGACGUGCUCUACGACGCUUCGAGGAAUCGGAGCACCUUCUGCCGCGUUUCCAACCUCACCCAAGAGGAAUCCUACUUUGCCUCGCCGGUCCGGGCAUCGGAUCCCUCGGGCGGCAACUUCCCCUACGGCCAGUACGGCUGCGACGCCCCCGUCGAGCUGGUCAAGAGCGCGUACAGCCACCUCGACUGCCACCUUUAA